AUGGACUCUCGCGGGGCACACAGCGCCGUGAAAGUGCAGCAACAACAGCAACAGCAGCAACAGCAGCAACAGCAACAGCAGCAGCAGCAGCAGCAGCAAAUGCAGCAAACCCUAUCUGAGGCCCGUGACCUCAAUUUCAUCCCUCGUGGCAAGGAUGGGAAGACGCAGCAGCAGAAGCUGCAACAGCAGCAACAACAGCAGCAGGUACAGCUGGAUCUCUUUUUGCAGCAGCAAAAGCAGCAGUUGCAGCAGCAGCAGCAGCAGCACUUUCAGCAGCAACAGCAGCAGCAGGGCGCAUGCAAGCCUCUAACUACGCAUUUUUUGGAUUGGCAGGGCUACUGUUCGAAGGAAGAGCAGCUAGACGAGAACUGCCUGCAGCAGCAGCAGCAGCAGCAGCAGCAGUUGCUGCUGCUGACAAACGGACAGCAGCAAUGUCAGCCACACGAGAAACAACAGCAGCAACCAUGCGAGCAGCAGCAGCAGCAGCACGACGGACCAGAAAAGCAACAGCAGCUGCGCAAGCAGCAGCAGCAGCAACAGCCACCCAUGCAGCAGCAACAACAGCCACGCGAGCAGCAGCAACAGCGGCAGCACGAGCAGCAGCAGCAGCAGCAGCAGCAGCACGGCAGCCAUUCUAAUGAGGCCGCGGGGAGGUGCGACAGCGCAGCGCAUGCAGAGUCGUCCUCCUCGACGGGCUCCGCGGAUAAGAAGACAAAGGGAGAGCAACAGCAGCAGCAGCAGCACGAACAGCAGCGCACGCUUCGUGAACGGCAGCAGAAGCAGCAGAAGCAACAGCAGGAGCAACAGCAGCAGCAACAGCAGCAGCAACAGCAGCAACAGCAGUGGCAGGAGGAGGAUGCCCGUGAGUACAAGGAGUGGAUAAGACUUGUAGAGGAGCAGAAGCAGCUGCAGGCCAAAGAGCAGCAGCAGCGGCAGCAAAUGGCAGCAGCGCUGCAGCAGCAUCAGACAGUUGUGCUGCAGCGAGCCCUACUUAAAUGGGACUUGCUGCAGACAGCAGUCAAGCAUGCAGAGCAGCAGCAACAGCAGCAGCAGCAGCUCACCAUGCAGCUUCUGCAGCAAUUCCUUAACAAUCGAAGACAGGAAGCAGCAGUAAAGCAGCAGCAACAGGACGAGCAGCACUCGCAGCAGCAGCAGCAGCAGCAGCAGCAGCAGCAGCAGCGGCGCCACGCAGCAGAACAACUAGCAACAACAAGUGCUGCUGCUGAGCUGCAUGCGUGCCGGCCAUCGACCUGCAGCAGCAAGAGCAGCAGGAAGCAAGUUGCACACAACAACAGUGCUGCCAACAGCAGCCGUAGCCACCGCCGCACUGCAAGCAGCAGCAGCAGCAACAGCGGCAGCAGCAGCAGCAGCAGCAGCAGCAGCAGCGUGGCAAGUUUGGGCCAAAUGACACCCGCGAGGCCCAAGCCAUCAGGUGUACAUACACUGCAGAACGGCGAGCUGCAGACACCCCGUCAUCCCCAGAGGUCUCUACGUGCUGCUGCAGUUGCUGCUACUGCUGCUGUUGCUGCUGUUGCUGCUGCUGCCAUGGGAGGACAUAAGGGAUCAACUAAGAGAGGCGGCGCUGAACUUCUGAGCGAGCAGCAAAGCAAGAAGCAUCGACAGCAGCAGCAGCAGCAGCAACCACAGCAGCAAUCGCAGCAGCAGCGCUUGAUGUCCGUGAAGAAGGAACUGCAGCAGCAGCAGCAGCAGCACUCACAGCAGCGGCAGCAGCUAGUGCAGCACCAGCAGCAGCAGAAGCGCGAGAGUACUCAGCAGAAUGCGCUGCAGCAACCCCGCAAGCUGACACAGAAGCAGCUGCAGCAGCGGAUGCAGGCCCUCACAGCAGCAAGACAAGCAUUAAGGAGAAAGAGGGAGGCAGCACUAGCAGCGGAAGCAAACAGCAGCAGCAGCAGCACCUACAGCAACGAAGGCAGCACCUACUGCAGCAACGGCAGCAGCGGUACAGUCAAUAUCCACAAGAUCGCCAAAACAUGGGAAGAGAGGUUUGCGGUGAGCAGCAGCAACAGCAGCAGCAGCAGCAGCAGCAGCAGCAGCAAAGGCAGCAGCAGUAUUAGUAACAGUAGCAGCUCCAGCAGCAUCAAUACUUACAGCAGCCGCAGCAACAGAAGCAGCAACACGUGCAGCAGCAGCCCGUUAUCCAUGAGGUAG